GAUUGGCUAAACGCGGCUCGGUUGACGCACCCCUGACGUUGAUCGUGAUCUGAUUGGCUCAUGUGUUCGAGGGGCGGGGCUGAGAGCAUGUGCGCUGUAGCUGCGUGACAUCAGACCGCGCGCACGCUGCAAGUGACCAAACUGGAUCUGGAUUCGGAGCUGAAAGCUUCUGUUCCUUAAUUCAUUUUUAUUUCCUCGUGUUUUUAGGUCACCUGCGGGUCGGAGAUGUCGAAGGGUUCGGUGGUCCUGGCGUACAGCGGCGGUCUGGACACGUCCUGUAUCCUGGUCUGGCUCAAGGAACAGGGUUACGAUGUCAUUGCCUACCUGGCCAAUAUUGGACAGAAUGAGGACUUUGAUGCUGCCCGGAAGAAAGCUGAGAAACUUGGAGCCAAGAAGGUGUUCAUCGAAGACCUGCGCUCUGAGUUUGUGGAGGAGUUCAUCUGGCCGUCAGUUCAGGCCAACGCCGUAUAUGAGGACCGAUACCUGCUGGGCACGUCCAUCGCCCGGCCGUGCAUCGCUCGCCGUCAGGUCCAGAUCGCUCAGCAGGAAGGAGCUCAGUUUGUUUCUCAUGGAGCCACAGGAAAGGGAAAUGACCAGAUCCGCUUCGAGCUGACGUGUUACGCUCUCUACCCACAAGUGCAGAUCAUCGCUCCCUGGAGGAUUCCUGAGUUUUACAACCGCUUCCGUGGCAGGAAGGACCUGAUGGAGUACGCAGAGAAACACGGUAUUCCUGUGCCGGUGACGCCGAAGGCACCGUGGAGUAUGGAUGCCAAUCUCAUGCACAUCAGCUAUGAGUCUGGAGUUCUGGAGAAUCCUAAGAAUCACGCACCUUCAGAUCUCUACCAAAUGACCAAGAACCCAGAAGAUUCACCCAAUGAGCCUGAUGUGCUGGAGAUCGACUUCAUUAAAGGUGUUCCAGUCAAAGUGACGCAUGUUAAGGAAGGAAAAUCCAAAGAAACUCCACUGGAGAUCUUCUCCUACCUGAAUGAGAUCGGUGGAAAGCAUGGUGUGGGGAGAAUCGAUAUCGUGGAGAACCGCUUCAUAGGAAUGAAGUCAAGAGGUAUCUACGAAACCCCUGGAGGAACCAUCCUGCUUCACGCUCAUCUGGACAUCGAGACCUUCACGAUGGACCGGGAGGUGCGGAAGAUCAAGCAGGGUCUCGGGAUCAAGUUCUCGGAGCUCAUCUAUAACGGGUUCUGGUACAGUCCGGAGUGCGAGUUCGUCCGUCACUGUGUUGAUAAAUCCCAGGAGAACGUGGAAGGUCGUGUGCAGCUGUCGGUCUUUAAAGGACAGGUGUACAUCCUCGGCCGCGAGUCGCCCAAAUCACUGUACAACGAGGAGCUGGUCAGUAUGGAUGUGCAGGGCGACUACGACCCCUGCGACGCCUCUGGAUUCAUCAAGAUCAAUGCGGUCAGGCUGAGGGAACACAACCGUCUGCAGGGAGCCGCUCCGAAGAAACUUUGAUUCAAUCACAUGAUGUAUGGACAGACGUGAAUGAUUAUGAUUACUGCUCAACAUGUAUAAUCUCAGCAAACAAGGAAUGUUCUCAGAACUUUAGCUAACGUUCUGACAAGGUUAUGAACAAACGUUACAAUAACACACUCGGGUUCUGGAAACUCCAUGCGUUUUCUCCAUAGGGAAAUUGAUUUUUUACGAUAACUUAUGAACCAUUAAAAACAGACCUACUGUGAUCUACGAGGUAGUAUUUGCUUCUGCUGAAGCCGUCAGCCCGCAUUAUUUCAGCUUUUUUUUUUUUUAAUAAUCGUGUUAUAAAUAAACUACAUUACCCAUGAUGCUGUACAGAACAUCAGCGAGUUGAAAAAAGCAACAUGCGUCAAAAGAUCGAUCUCUCCGCGCUCUCAAAAUACUUAAAUCUUUGUAUAUAUAUAUGCUUAUUUUGCAAUAAACGUUUUUUUAUAAAUAUAAUCAACAUUUUGUAAAUGAGUAGUUUUAUAUUUCUUAAAUUGUUUUUAAUUCGAUUAUGCUGUUCGCAAUGCUUCAUGGGAUUGUAGUUCUUUCUCUCACUAAAGGCCCUGAUAUACUUCAAACAAAAUCGAAGAACGAAUUGUCGUGACGUCAUUUCGAACAAAAUCACGCCCAAAAUGAAUUUCAUUUCUGGAGUUUGAAAUGGCUUGACAAAGCGAACUCUCAGGAAAAGUUCGCUUCAGUUGCAAAACACCUUCACACUACUGGUGCGUUCAAGUCCUCCUGGGAAGUUCGUAUUUAUGAGGUGGGAAGUCAUUGUGUUCAUGACGACAGGUGCGUUCAAGCAAAGACUAUAGAACAACACAAGACGCGUCACUCGUAUUGUUUUGAAUGGGAGAAAGUGUAAUGCGCAAUAUGGUGGAAUAAGUCCCGCCUUCAAAAUAAGAGCCAAUCGCCGACUGGUAAAGUCAUCGCGUCACUGCAGCGGCCGUUAGAAGCUCCGGUUUCUAUAGAAACAGUCAGACGCGCGCCUCCGAAAUGAGGCACAAGAGACGCGCAUUUAGGUCUGCGCAUGCGCAUUAGCUUGAUCCAGCCUGAAAAAUACAGUUUUUUUUUUUUUUUUUGUCAUGAUUCGAGUGUUUGGAAAAAAAUUUAUGAGACAGUUGUUGUCAGAUUUCAUUGGUGAUUUCAAAUAUGAAAUUUAAUCGAAAGCUUGGCAAACAGCUUUGGAGAAUUUGAUGUUUCCCCAUUCAAAGUGAUAGGAGCUGCAUGAUGCCCGAGAGGCGUUUCAAAGAUGGCCACCGAGUGAAAUGACUUGUCUUAAAGAGACUUUGGUUCAAGUCACUUUCGUCAGAGUAAGAUGGCGGUGUACCUUCUCUUAAUGAAUUACACAAAAAUACAGCCCUUAUAGAAAAUGAAGAACAAAGAAUGUGCAUCAGGUGUGUUUUGCUUUUUUAUGUUUUUAGCUAAUUUUAUGAAGCCACUGUAAACUUUAUCGUUACGUAUUAUAAUGUUAUAUUACAAUGCUACCAUAUUUUGUGCAGGUAAUUAGCUUACUUCAUCGUAAAUAUAAAAGCCGGACAGUGUCACUGCUAAAUACUUAUAAUACUGUGAUAUUCGGUCAUGUUUCUCACUGACACGCCCCCAACUCAUACAGAUCAGGGCUUAAAGAAAAUCCCGAACUUCCCACUCGUAUUUACAACAUUGUGGUGGCGUUCAUGUGCGUUCAGCUCGUAAAUACGAUCUUUUCGACAUGACUUGAAAGCACCAUACCAAAUGGUCCGUGACUAUGUUGCCGCAUCCCCAAAUAACAUGAUAUUUAGCCCCUGGAAUGAGAAUUUUCAGCCAAAAACGCAGAUUUUACCACCUAGAAUGCGAUUUUUACCGGGAGAGCUCCCAAUGAAACAAUUGGGCUAGUUUGAGUAGCAAUUGGGCGGCUUUUGUUGUGAAAACCUGGCAACCCUGCUUCUCUGACUCAUUUCGUCUGAGUCCGUCGAGGUCAGAAAACAUGAACACACUGGAUAGCCGCUUUAUAGUAGAAGAAAAUGAAGUUGUGUUUCUGAUGGAAUGAGGCACUGACACAGUUUUCUUGAUACUGUAAAGCUGCUUACUUUUCAGCAAUCUAUUGAAUAAAAUGCCAUAAAUGUGACGUGACGUUACUGGAGUGCUAAUUUUCAGAGCUUGUGCUAAAUUACCCUUGUUGUUAUGAUCAGAUUUUAAAAAACGUUUUCUUUUUUUUUGUUGUUGUUUAUUUCGUUACUGAGAGGAAAGCGCGCGGCACAUAUUUACAUAUUCAUCUAACCGUCGCUCUCAGCAGUGUGGGCGGAGUCAGAUGUUCGAUAACAGUAUAUCGCUGCUCACGUAACUUCGUUUUACCCCUAAACACAGAACAAAAAAGAACUUCACCGUGAGUAUACCGGGGCUUAAAGCCGUGAAUUAAACAGUCUUGUACUUCUGUCCGAUUUUCAAAAACUUUUUUGCUUCAAAUCAAAGCGCAAAUUUCAGCACUUUUGAAAAAAGUGGGCGGUGCUAAUUCACGCUAUGUUCAAAGUUAUCUGGUUUCAUGGAACGUUUUUCUGAAUUCUUGAAUUCUGAAUACUUGUUUCGGAGUGUUCAGAGAACGGAAUCAAUGUUCUGUUAACAUUCUGUUAAAAAGUUUCCGGACAUUAACAAAUAACAUUUUCAUAAUUUAAUGGGAACGUUGGCAAAACGUUCUUAGAGCAUAUUUUUGUUUGCUGGGAUGCUUGAUAUUACUGUAAUUCUUAUUUCUGAUUGAAUACGCUGCAUUUGAAGCCUUUGUAAAAAUGCUGAUAAAGAUAAUAAAGCACCAGGUUCUUCA